AUGGAACAUGUGCAUUUUGGUGAUCUAGAGGAACAAGUCUCCAUCAGCAUUGAUGAAAAUGAAAUUCCAAUUCCAGAUUCCGAAGAUGAUUCAUUUUCUUCUUCGGUUUUCGAGGAAUUUGGGAAUUUCAAUAGCAGUGGAUUGAAUAGAAUACAUGAAAGAAGCAGAUGUUACCAAAUCAUCACCGGUUGCGUUGCUCAGGGUAUGGUGGAGGACGCAAAUGUUGCGGCUGUCCAUAAAAUCCCGUGGUCUGGUUCCAACGGGCGGUUGGAAGCUUUCCGCAUUUCCUCAGCUAAGAUGGUGAAGAAAUGUGGAGGGAAUACUAACGUAAAGCACGCAUGGUAUGGUGGAUCACGGGACGAAAUCUGUGGAAUUAUAUCCCAUGGGUUCCGAAGAUGCAGACAAUCGGACCAUGGUGAGGAUGGUUUUGGGAUACAUUUGUAUCCUCUGGAGUUCGUUAUGGAUGGGUUAUUGUCUUCAGUUGAGGAUGAAUAUGGGCUCCGGCACAUAUUGCUGUGCAAUGUAAUAUUGGGGAAAAUGGAGGAAGUACGUCCUGGUUCGAAACAAUUCGAACCAAGCUCUAAUGAGUUUGAUUCCGGAGUUCAUAAUCUUUCGAGACCAACAAGAUUCAUAAUUUGGGAGGCUUACAUGAACUCUUGUAUCUUUCCCAGCUACGUCGUUAGUUUCAGAGCUCUCAAUGUCAGAGGUAAACGGCCAAAUUACUGUUUCUUUUCUGAAUACAAUAUUGUUGUCGCGUAA